AAUUUUGAGUCCACGAGAGUAGAGAAAAUUUCUAUUGGAAAUACCGAUUACCACCUCCAGAAAUAUAAAAAAAUUUAAUCGAACUCUAACAUGGAUAUCAGAUACAAAAGGGUUCUACUUUAGGGAUAUAAAAGAAGAAUUGUCCCACACCGGAAAGUUAAUAAUAAUAACCGAGAUUCACCCUCUAUAAAAGGACCCCUCGUCCAAAUUUAAAUUAUUUUUUACCGCUUUAUUUCCUUUUUUCUUUCUUCUGCAACUGAAGAACAACAACAAUGGCGGAUCACUCUUCUGCAAUAAUCCCUACUCUCCAGAACAUUGCGGCGACGCUAUCUCUAAACUGCGGUAAAUUAGACCUCAAAGCCAUUGCACUUAAAGCUCGAAACGCAGAGUAUAAUCCGAAACGUUUACCUGCAGUGAUCAUGAGAAUUAGAGAACCAAAAACUACAGCAUUGAUCUUUGCUACUGGGAAAAUUGUUUGUACAGGAGCCAAAAGUGAACACGAUUCGAAGUUAGCAGCGCGAAAAUACGCUAGAAUUGUACAAAAGCUUGGUUAUCCUGAGGUCAAGUUUAAGGAUUUCAAAAUCCAGAAUAUUGUUGCUUCUUGUGAUGUUAGAUUUCCUAUUCGACUUGAAGGACUUGCCAUUGCUCACAGUGCUUUCUCAAGUUACGAACCAGAAAUAUUUCCUGGAUUGGUGUAUCGUAUGAAGAAACCGAAAAUCGUGCUGCUGGUUUUUGCUUCUGGGAAAAUUGUUAUCACUGGAGCCAAGGUUAGAGAUGACACAUAUGCUGCAUUUGACAACAUAUACCCUGUCCUUGCUCAGUUCAGAAAGAAGAGUCGGCAAUGAGUUGAUAGUAA